AAUGAAUCUCACUGCCCGCCUCCAAAAGAAGCAGCAGCCUGAAAUCCAAGCUAAAGCAAAGAGAAGAUUGCCAAUGUGCGUUAAUGGCGAAAACCCAGCGGAGUUCGAAACGAUUCGUUCAACAGCCUAUCCCUAUUGAAUGGCAAGGAUUUCAAGACGAGAACUUUUUCACUUCAGGAGCUCCAUUUUCGGACAUCUCACUUCUAACCCAUCAAAACCCAAUCUUUCUGUAUCAUCCUCCCCAUUUUGCUCUUCUUCUUCUUCGUCCCAACCCUCUCUUAACCGCCAUAUUUUUUCGCUUCUCGAUGCGUGUAAGAAUUUGAUCCAGAUCACCCAAAUCCAUGCCCAUUUGAUCACGCGGGGUCUUUUCGAUUCGUUUUGGGCCAGAAAGUUGCUUAAGAGCUAUUCUGAUUUCAGAGAUUUUGAUUAUGUCAUAUUGAUCUUCAGGUGCAUUGAUUUGCCUGGUACUUUUUGCGUCAAUACGGUAAUUAAAGCCUACUCAGUUAGUUCGGUGCCCGACCAAGCUUUGGUGGUCUAUUUCGAAUGGCUGAGAAAUGGGUUUGCUCCCACUAGCUAUACUUUUGUGCCCCUUGUUGGGUCUUGUGCUAAAAUGGGUUCUGUUGAAUCUGGGAGAAAAUGCCAUGGGCAGGUGGUUAAGCAUGGGCUUGACUCUGUGCUGCAAGUGCAGAACUCUUUGAUUCACAUGUAUUGUAGUAGUGAGAAAGUUGAGCUUGCUAGAAUGGUGUUCGAUGAAAUGUCCGAAAGGGACCUGGUAUCCUGGAAUACAAUUCUCGACGGCUAUUCUAGAUACGGUGAUUUGGACUUUGCUCAUAGAUUGUUUGAUGAAAUGCCAGAGAGAAAUGUGGUCUCUUGGAAUGUUAUGCUUGGUGGGUAUUGGAAGGGUGGGAAGCCGGGGUGUGCAUUGAAGCUGUUUAGGAAAAUGAUGGGCAUGGGAUUGAAGGGGAACAGCACUACCAUGGUGAAUAUGCUUGCAGCUUGUGGUCGGUCGGCUAGACUGAAUGAAGGAAGAUCAGUUCAUGGAUAUUUAAUUAGGAAAUUAUUUGAGUUGAACAUAGUUAUCAACACAGCUUUGAUUGAUAUGUAUUGUAAAUGCAAAAGGGUGGAAGUGGCGCACAGAGUGUUUGAGAGCAGGGCGAAUAGGAACCCGGUUUGCUGGAAUGCAAUGAUUUUGGGGCAUUGCAUCCAUGGAAAUCCUAAAGAUGGACUUAACCUAUAUAGUGAAAUGGUGGGGAGAAUGAAAUCAAAAGACGAUGAAACCAUCCAUGCGAAGGGGAGUUCGAGGCCAGAUGAUGAUGGAGGAGGAAUUAUCCCAGAUGAAAUUACUUUCAUAGGUGUUCUUUGUGCGUGUGCCCGUGCUGGACUUGUAAGAGAAGCCGCAGAUUACUUCAGCCAAAUGAUUAAUGUAUUCCACGUAAAGCCCAAGUUUGCACACUAUUGGUGCAUGGCUAAUGCUUUUGCUGGUGCGGGGCUUAUCCAGGAGGCGGAGGAAAUAAUUAAGAACAUGCCAGAGAUUGCUGAGGACUUGUCAUCGGAAUCCUUGGCAUGGGCUAAUUUGCUUGGUUCAUGUCGUUUUCAAGGAGGUAUCACAAUGGGAGAAAAAAUUGCAAAGUCCCUCAUUGACAAGGAACCUGAAAACAUUGCGUACUAUCGCUUGCUGCUGAAUGUCUAUGCUGUGGCGUGUCGAUGGGAGGAUGUUGCUCGGGUGAAAGAUAUGAUGAAAGAAAAAAAGGUUGGAAGAAUGCCUGGAUGCAAUCUUGUGGAGUUGAAUGAAAUUGUCCAUAAUUUCAGAGUUGGUCGACAUUGGCAAGAGAAUUGUGCAUUAUGAUGAAUGAAGUGGCUAAGAAGUUGAGCUUGUUUAAUACUGAGUUUUAACAGCAAUGACUACAGACACACAAGCGAAUAAGAUGGUGAAUGCUCGGCACGGCCUGAGCCAAAGCAGCCGUGUGAUUUAUCCUUCUAACGAGAUGGGGAAUGCUCAGAUGAAAAAUUUGUUUCUG